AUGGUGCACACCGAAGGCAGCGCCCUGCUGAAAGCCGUCUGGCAGGGCAAAUUCCGCCUGACCCGCUUGCUGCUGGAAGGCGGGGCUUACAUCAACGAGGGCAACACCCAGGGGGAGACCCCUCUCAUUGCUGCUUGUGUGGCCCCCUACGAGGACCCUCACAACAAGCCCCGGAUGGUGAGGUACCUGCUGGAGAACGGAGCCGACCCGAACAUCCCCGACAAGACCGGGCGGUCAGCCUUGAUGCACGCUUGUGCCGACGGGGCUGGGGCCGAGGUGGCCGCCGUCUUGCUGAACCACGGGGCGGACCCCAGCGCCAAGGAUUACUCGGGAGCGUCGGCGCUGGUGUACGCCAUCAACAAAGGGGACCGGGAGACCCUGCAGGUGCUUCUGGAUGCCUGCAAAGCCAAAGGAAAGGAGGUCAUCAUCAUCACCACCGAUACCUCCCCUUCUGGGACGAAGAAGACCAAGCAGUAUCUGAAUUCUCCGCCUUCGCCCGGCGCGGAGGAGAAGCAUUCACCUGCACUGUGCAUGUCUCCUUCGGACAUUGAGCUCCGCACGGCCCAGUCUCCCGGGGGCAGCGAGAAGGAAGAGGAACGCGACGUCUUCAACUUCACCAUGGCCACCAGACUCAGCUGCUCCCCACACACCAAGGGGAAGGAGAUGGAGGAAAAGGGCUCGGGGCUGCUACCCAAAAGUCAGCCCAAGCAGCUGAAAAGGUUGAAUUCUGAGCCGUGGGGCUUGGUGGCACCCUCCGUCCUGGCCGCCUCGUAUCAGGAGAAAGCCCGGAGCCCCGAGGAUAGAGUAAGGAUCGAGAUGAAUGGCCUGAGCCUCACUAAAAGGCCUCCGUUGUCGCGGAGACACAGCGUGGAAGGCCAGGAGUCCUCCUGCUUCAAGAUGGGAGCCCACCAAGGGUCGGGAGACGAGCCACCUGGCUUGGAUUCCUCGUGGGCAGAGAAAGUCCAUUUGGGCCACCUCCACCAGACCCUCUCCCGACACAACACGGCCCCUGAAGCUCAGGAGGGCUCCCAAGGUCCCAGUCCCAGAAGCGUGGCCCAUCACAAGUUGACCUGCUUGGAACACUAUGAGUCGGAUUCGCUCUGCCCAGAAUCCAUCCCAGGAUCGCCCGACUCCGGCCGGGUUUCGCUGGAGCGGAGGAAGUACAACGCCUCUCCUCUGACCUUGCCAGCCAGCUCGUCCCGGGAGAGUUUAGAGAGCAUCCCUAAUGCCGUCUCCCCCAUCACGAUACGGCGUAGGACCCCAGGCCUCCUCGAGAGAAGGGGCUCAGGGACGUUGCUCCUGGACCACAUUGCCCACACCCGCCCUGGCUUCCUGCCCCCCCUGCACUUCAAUCCACACCCUCCCCUCCGCGACAUUCGAGCCAACGGCAAGCCCCCUUCCCCGGCCCACAAGGGGCUGAUUCCCGUGGCUCCCUCGUCCCCCAAGACCAAGCGGCUUCUCCGCAGACACUCCAUGCAGACGGAGCAGAUGAAGCAGCUGGUCAGUUUUCAGAGCCUGAUUGCACAAGGGGACUCCGUGGCCACCUAA